AUGGAAGGAACUACUCUUGACCUCUCUUCUCCAGACUCUUCUUUAUUCUCUCUGGCUGAUGAUUUGGUUUAUGGAGUGCCUACCUUUUUUCCAGGGAAGGACACUCUUCUCAGUGUCUAUACAAGGGGUGCCGGAGAUGAGACCUUUUGUUUUGAGAAAGUUGAUGGAGCAUGGAAGAAUGUGGACAAGUUUGACUUUGAGCAUAAACUCCACUUAAUGAAGGACUUUUCUGCACCUGCUGGUGAGGAACAUAGGGAGGAAGAUACAUGGUUUACUGAGGAUUUACUCUCCAUGGGGAGAAUAUUAUAG